CCCAAAAUCCAUACCAGACCCUUAUCCGAGCAUGCAGCCCGGCAGGUCAGGAAAGGGGGGGGACGAGCGAGCGCCCCCCCCCUCCUGAACCAAACCAGGCCACAUGCCCUCAACAUGGGGGGGUGGGGUGCUUUGGGGCAGGGGGCUCCCCCCAAAGCACCUUUUCCCCAUGUUAAUGGGGACAAGGGCCUCUUCCGUUAGUGGGAUAAUUGGUGGGCCAUUUUUUUCGGGAUUUUAGCAUAUUUUGUUUAUCAGUAAAGUUGGAAAUUUUUUUUUCCAAAUUUACUGAUAAAAAAAAUGUGCCAAAAUCCCGAAAACCGGC